CAACCUGCUUGUAUGUAAGAAGGACCCAGACCUUCAGCUCCAUAUGGCUGUGUAUGAUGAGAACAUCCUGAAGAAUACUUUUUACUUGGCCUUGGAGAAGCAGAGACCUGACCUCUGCAGGCGCGUGGCAGACUUCCACGGCAUUGUUCUGGUUCCGUGUUGUGGAAGUUUGAGCGUGAGCAGCUACUCAGACUCUCACUUCGAUAGCUACAUCCUGCAGCCUGUGGAGGAAGGAUACAAGACUGUGAAUGGAAAGGAUGUCAAAAUUCAGGACAGGCAGGUGGUGCUGGACCUCGGCUCCCCAGCUCCGAUUGUGGUGCCCAUUCUGUUUGAGGAAACCUUCUACAAUGAUGAGGAGCAGAGCUACAGCAUCCUGUGCAUCUCCAGACCGCUGGAGGUGGAGCUAAGCCCAGCUGAGGUCAGUCCACCGCCGGCAUACUGUCUGAGGAGCCUGGAGGAUGUCAGGGAGUUCCUGGGUCAUCACUCCCACAAACUGGACAGGUUCAUCCACAGCUUCUGUCAGAUCUUCAGAGAGCAGGAGAGGCAGGAGAGGAAGGGCCUCCGAUACCACAUUGACUCUGUAAACGGACUUUACACUAAAUCUCUUCAGUGCCUGCUGAGAGACUCUCGUCUGAAACUCCUAGCAAAACAGGAGCUUCAGAUGACUCUUCUCAAACAAGCUGUUGGGAUAUACAUCCAUCAUGGUAUCCAUGAUUUAAUCUUUAACCUUGUGGGGACUCUUGAAUCUUGUCAGGAUGCUUCUUUUAACAAAAUCACCAGGAGCCUUCAGGACCUGCAGCAGAAGGACCUGGGAGUGAAACCAGAGUUCAGUAUGAACUUGUCUCGGGCAAAGAGAGAACUGAGUCAGCUCAACCAACAGACCUCCCCCCUCCUCAAAGUGUUGUGUCUGCGCAGAGUCGUCCUCACUGCCACCCAGACACCCAGACGCACAGUGAGUAUCGAAGCCGUGAGUGCAGAUGAUCUCCUCUCUGUUGUCCUUUACCUUUUGGUCAAGACUGAAAUCCCCAACUGGAUGGCCAACCUGAGCUACAUGAGGAACUUCUGCUUCAGUAACUCCAGCAAAGAUGAGCUCAGCUACUGCCUGAGCACGUUCGAGGCAGCAGUGGAGUUCAUCAAUCUGGGGAAGCUGCAGAACACGUGCUCUGUCACGGGUGAACUUAGAGACAAAGCUCUAUUCAAGGAAAGGAUGAGUCUGCUGACUCAGAACGUGGCCGCUCCCGUCCUCCGCCUGUUUGAAGUAAGCUGGAGCAGUCCGGCUUCUGCUUCCCUCAACCCACCUGUCCUUUCUGCAGGGCAGAGGUGCUGCCAGGAAUUGUGGGCCCCCUGACAAAAAAUUAGUUUGGGACCCCCGUGCAGCUGCUGUUACAAUUUUUUGAGUCUAUUUGGCCCAUAAAAAGCAUCAUAAUUUUAAAGGCUUUCAUCUGCCUUGCUCUCUUUGGUUCCAUACUGAUAAUUAGCACAAUAUUUACUGCUCAUGAAUUUAACAUC